AUGAUACUACCAAGACAGUUUACGGAUCUUUUCAAGGACGGGAUAAAUGUAGAACUUCGGAUGACAUUGAGCUAUUAUACUAGAGACCCUUCUGGCAACAAUAUUCCACACAAUCUGGCACUACAACCACAACCCAUCAACGUCGGUAAUUUUGAUAGUUCGACAUUGAACCACAGCGUAUUCAAAAAAGAUUUCAAAGAUAAAAGUAGCAGUUUUCCAGCAUGUAGAAUAGAAAUACGAUUUUUUCACAACUGUACACCCAAUCCAAAUUACGAGUACUGUGAUAAAAAAGGAAACUUGCAGUGCAAACCCUGUAAAGGAUUGGGAUGUAUUUCAAACUGCUCAGAAAUUGAUCCUAGAAAAGGAGAGUGUAAAUGUGGACAUGUUAUCUGCCAUGAAAAUUAUUUCGGAGCCCGGUGCAAAACAUAUUGCAAAAAUACUACGACAGGAUAUUGUGACCAGUAUGGUUCAUUAGUAUGCAAAGAUCAGUACUACGGGGAUAAUUGUACAACCCACUGCGUUAAUGUUACCAAUGGAUUGUGUGAUGCACAAGGCAAUCUACAGUGUAAGAAAGACUAUUAUGGAGAAAAUUGUACCGCUUUCUGUCGAAGUCAACAUGGAAAUUGCUCCGAUGACGGAGAUUUAAAAUGUGAUUCAAAUUACUAUGGGAAGGAGUGUGAGCAUUAUUGUGCGAAUACAACGGAAUAUUACUGUGAUGUUAAUGGUGUGAAGGUGUGCAAUCCUUCGUAUCACGAAGACAACUGCUCCAGACGAUGCUUGGAAACUAACACUUCGAUUUGCACCAGUGACGGUUAUGUCAAAUGCAAAUCUGGAUUUUACGGGGAAAAUUGCACUGUGCAAUGUCAGAACACAACAUAUGGAACCUGCAAUAGUUCGGGAAUUCUGGAAUGUGCAAGAAAUUAUUACGGAGUUAAGUGUGAUAAGUUUUGUGAUCCUAGACAAAAUAUUGGAUACUGUAACAGAACAAAGGGAGGUGGUGCAGAAUUGAACCAUUUCUAUACCCUUAUUUUUAGUGCGUCUAAAAACAUGGAACAGCUCGCUGGAAAUCAGAUGUCAUCUCAUUCUUAUAUGCUCAAUUUUUCCUUACCACAGUAUUCGGCAGAACACAUACUGUUAUACAAACAACCCAUAUACAUUUCAAGCUGCUCUUUUAAAGGAAAAUUCAAAUAUUAUUUUGACUGCCAUGAAAAUACUUACACAUGUGAUCACAAAGGAAAUCAGGUUUGCAAAUCAAGUUACGUUGGACCAAAUUGUGCACGUACCUGUCCGAUACUAGAAAACGGAUCUUGUGACAAAAACGGCGACGUACAAUGUAACGCAAAUUGGUACAGGCGAGACUGCAACAAGUCGUGUACUCCUCCCACCAACGGUUUCUGUGAUCAAUGUGGUAAUGUGGUGUGUAAAACACAUUACUAUGGGAAUGAUUGUAAUACUUACUGUGCUGAUUCACAUACCGGAAACUGUAAUACAAACGGGACGAUGGUCUGUCUCCCAAAUUAUUACGGAGAAAACUGCACACAAUUUUGUCAAAAUAUAACUCAUGGAUACUGUACAUCAUAUGGGAAACAAAUUUGUCAUGACAAUUAUUAUGGAAACGACUGCACAACUUUCUGCCCAAACGUCACCACCGGUCACUGUUCAAAUGAUGGAAAACUACAUUGCCAGGCAAGAUACUAUGGAACAAAUUGUACUGCAUUCUGCCCAAACGUCAUGCAUGGUACCUGCUCUGGGAAUGGGACAUUGAAUUGUCAUCCAAAAUACUAUGGCGACAAUUGUACGAUAUUUUGUUCUGAUGUCACAUAUGGUACUUGUUCACCACAUGGAAAACUUAUUUGCCAUGAAAACUAUUAUGGAGAGAACUGCACCCAAUUCUGCCCAAACGUCACCUAUGGUACCUGCUCUGAAAAUGGGACAUUGAAUUGUCACCCAAAUUACUAUGGCGACAAUUGUACGAUAUUUUGUUCUGAUGUCACAUAUGGUACUUGUUCACCACAUGGAAAACUUAUUUGCCUUGAAAACUAUUAUGGAGUGAACUGCACCCAAUUCUGCCCAAACGUCACCUAUGGUACCUGCUCUGAAAAUGGGACAUUGAAUUGUCAUCCAAAUUACUAUGGGGACAAUUGUACGAUAUUUUGUUCUGAUGUCACAUGUGGUACUUGUUCACGACAGGGAAAACUUAUUUGCCUUGAAAACUAUUAUGGAGAGAACUGCACCCAAUUCUGCCCAAACGUCACCUAUGGUACCUGCUCUGGGAAUGGGACAUUGAAUUGUCAUCCAAAUUACUAUGGCGACAAUUGUACGAUAUUUUGUUCUGAUGUCAUAUAUGGUACUUGUUCACCACAGGGAAAACUUAUUUGCCUUGAAAACUAUUAUGGAGAGAACUGCACCCAAUUCUGUCCAAACGUCACCUAUGGUACCUGCUCUGAAAAUGGGACAUUGAAUUGUCAUCCAAAUUACUAUGGCGACAAUUGUACGAUAUUUUGUACUGAUGUCACAUGUGGUACUUGUUCACGACAGGGAAAACUUAUUUGCCUUGAAAACUAUUAUGGAGAGAACUGCACCCAAUUCUGCCCAAACGUCACCUAUGGUACCUGCUCUGGGAAUGGGACAUUGAAUUGUCAUCCAAAUUACUAUGGCGACAAUUGUACGAUAUUUUGUUCUGAUGUCACAUAUGGUACUUGUUCACCACAUGGAAAACUUAUUUGCCAUGAAAACUAUUAUGGAGAGAACUGCACCCAAUUCUGCCCAAACGUCACCUAUGGUACCUGCUCUGGGAAUGGGACAUUGAAUUGUCAUCCAAAUUACUAUGGCGACAAUUGUACGAUAUUUUGUUCUGAUGUCACAUAUGGUACUUGUUCACCACAUGGAAAACUUAUUUGCCAUGAAAACUAUUAUGGAGAGAACUGCACCCAAUUCUGCCCAAACGUCACCUAUGGUACCUGCUCUGGGAAUGGGACAUUGAAUUGUCAUCCAAAAUACUAUGGCGACAAUUGUACGAUAUUUUGUUCUGAUGUCACAUAUGGUACUUGUUCACCACAUGGAAAACUUAUUUGCCUUGAAAACUAUUAUGGAGAGAACUGCACCCAAUUCUGCCCAAACGUCACCUAUGGUACCUGCUCUGAAAAUGGGACAUUGAAUUGUCAUCCAAAUUACUAUGGCGACAAUUGUACGAUAUUUUGUUCUGAUGUCACAUAUGGUACUUGUUCACCACAUGGAAAACUUAUUUGCCUUGAAAACUAUUAUGGAGUGAACUGCACCCAAUUCUGCCCAAACGUCACCUAUGGUACCUGCUCUGGGAAUGGGACAUUGAAUUGUCAUCCAACAUACUAUGGCGACAAUUGUACGAUAUUUUGUUCUGAUGUCACAUAUGGUACUUGUUCACCACAUGGAAAACUUAUUUGCCUUGAAAACUAUUAUGGAGUGAACUGCACCCAAUUCUGCCCAAACGUCACCUAUGGUACCUGCUCUGAAAAUGGGACAUUGAAUUGUCAUCCAAAUCACUAUGGCGACAAUUGUACGAUAUUUUGUUCUGAUGUCACAUAUGGUACUUGUUCACCACAUGGAAAACUUAUUUGCCAUGAAAACUAUUAUGGAGUGAACUGCACCCAAUUCUGCCCAAACGUCACCUAUGGUACCUGCUCUGGGAAUGGGACAUUGAAUUGUCAUCCAAAAUACUAUGGCGACAAUUGUACGAUAUUUUGUUCUGAUGUCACAUAUGGUACUUGUUCACGACAGGGAAAACUUAUUUGCCUUGAAAACUAUUAUGGAGAGAACUGCACCCAAUUCUGCCAAAACGUCACCUAUGGUACCUGCUCUGAGAAUGGGACAUUGAAUUGUCAUCCAAAUUACUAUGGCGACAAUUGUACGAUAUUUUGUACUGAUGUCAUAUAUGGUACUUGUUCACCACAUGGAAAACUUAUUUGCCUUGAAAACUAUUAUGGAGAGAACUGCACCCAAUUCUGCCCAAACGUCACCUAUGGUACCUGCUCUGGGAAUGGGACAUUGAAUUGUCAUCCAAAAUACUAUGGCGACAAUUGUACGAUAUUUUGUUCUGAUGUCAUAUAUGGUACUUGUUCACCACAUGGAAAACUUAUUUGCCUUGAAAACUAUUAUGGAGAGAACUGCACCCAAUUCUGUCCAAACGUCACCUAUGGUACCUGCUCUGGGAAUGGGACAUUGAAUUGUCAUCCAAAAUACUAUGGCGACAAUUGUACGAUAUUUUGUUCUGAUGUCACAUAUGGUACUUGUUCACCACAUGGAAAACUUAUUUGCCAUGAAAACUAUUAUGGAGAGAACUGCACCCAAUUCUGCCCAAACGUCACCUAUGGUACCUGCUCUGGGAAUGGGACAUUGAAUUGUCAUCCAAAAUACUAUGGCGACAAUUGUACGAUAUUUUGUUCUGAUGUCACAUAUGGUACUUGUUCACCACAUGGAAAACUUAUUUGCCAUGAAAACUAUUAUGGAGAGAACUGCACCCAAUUCUGCCCAAACGUCACCUAUGGUACCUGCUCUGAAAAUGGGACAUUGAAUUGUCAUCCAAAUUACUAUGGCGACAAUUGUACGAUAUUUUGUUCUGAUGUCACAUAUGGUACUUGUUCACCACAUGGAAAACUUAUUUGCCUUGAAAACUAUUAUGGAGUGAACUGCACCCAAUUCUGCCCAAACGUCACCUAUGGUACCUGCUCUGGGAAUGGGACAUUGAAUUGUCAUCCAACAUACUAUGGCGACAAUUGUACGAUAUUUUGUUCUGAUGUCACAUAUGGUACUUGUUCACCACAUGGAAAACUUAUUUGCCUUGAAAACUAUUAUGGAGUGAACUGCACCCAAUUCUGCCCAAACGUCACCUAUGGUACCUGCUCUGAAAAUGGGACAUUGAAUUGUCAUCCAAAUUACUAUGGCGACAAUUGUACGAUAUUUUGUUCUGAUGUCAAAUAUGGAACUUGUUCACCACAUGGAAAACUUAUUUGCCUUGAAAACUAUUAUGGAGUGAACUGCACCCAAUUCUGCCCAAACGUCACCUAUGGUACCUGCUCUGAAAAUGGGACAUUGAAUUGUCAUCCAAAUCACUAUGGCGACAAUUGUACGAUAUUUUGUACUGAUGUCAUAUAUGGUACUUGUUCACCACAUGGAAAACUUAUUUGCCUUGAAAACUAUUAUGGAGAGAACUGCACCCAAUUCUGUCCAAACGUCACCUAUGGUACCUGCUCUGAAAAUGGGACAUUGAAUUGUCAUCCAAAUUACUAUGGCGACAAUUGUACGAUAUUUUGUUCUGAUGUCACAUAUGGUACUUGUUCACGACAGGGAAAACUUAUUUGCCUUGAAAACUAUUAUGGAGAGAACUGCACCCAAUUCUGCCCAAACGUCACGUAUGGUACCUGCUCUGGGAAUGGGACAUUGAAUUGUCACCCAAAUUACUAUGGCGACAAUUGUACGAUAUUUUGUUCUGAAGUCACAUAUGGUACUUGUUCACCACAUGGAAAACUUAUUUGCCAUGAAAACUAUUAUGGAGAGAACUGCACCCAAUUCUGCCCAAACGUCACGUAUGGUACCUGCUCUGAAAAUGGGACAUUGAAUUGUCAUCAUAAUUACUAUGGCAACAAUUGUACGAUAUUCUGUUCUAAUAUCACAUAUGGUACUUGUUCAACACAUGGAAAACUUAUUUGCCUUGAAAACUAUUAUGGAGAGAACUGCACCCAAUUCUGCCCAAACGUCACCUAUGGUACCUGCUCUGGGAAUGGAACAUUGAAUUGUCAUCCAAAUUACUAUGGCGACAAUUGUACGAUAUUUUGUUCUGAUGUCACAUAUGGUACUUGUUCACCACAUGGAAAACUUAUUUGCCAUGAAAACUAUUAUGGAGAGAACUGCACCCAAUUCUGCCCAAACGUCACGUAUGGUACCUGCUCUGGGAAUGGGACAUUGAAUUGUCAUCCAAAUUACUAUGGCGACAAUUGUACGAUAUCUUGUUCUGAUGUCACAUAUGGUACUUGUUCACCACAUGGAAAACUUAUUUGCCUUGAAAACUAUUAUGGAGUGAACUGCACCCAAUUCUGCCCAAACGUCACCUAUGGUACCUGCUCUGGGAAUGGGACAUUGAAUUGUCAUCCAACAUACUAUGGCGACAAUUGUACGAUAUUUUGUUCUGAUGUCACAUAUGGUACUUGUUCACCACAUGGAAAACUUAUUUGCCUUGAAAACUAUUAUGGAGAGAACUGCACCCAAUUCUGCCCAAACGUCACCUAUGGUACCUGCUCUGGGAAUGGGACAUUGAAUUGUCAUCCAAAUUACUAUGGCGACAAUUGUACGAUAUUUUGUUCUGAUGUCACAUAUGGUACUUGUUCACCACAUGGAAAACUUAUUUGCCAUGAAAACUAUUAUGGAGAGAACUGCACCCAAUUCUGCCCAAACGUCACCUAUGGUACCUGCUCUGGGAAUGGGACAUUGAAUUGUCAUCCAAAUUACUAUGGCGACAAUUGUACGAUAUUUUGUUCUGAUGUCACAUAUGGUACUUGUUCACCACAUGGAAAACUUAUUUGCCAUGAAAACUAUUAUGGAGAGAACUGCACCCAAUUCUGUCCAAACGUCACGUAUGGUACCUGCUCUGGGAAUGGGACAUUGAAUUGUCAUCCAAAUUACUAUGGCGACAAUUGUACGAUAUUUUGUUCUGAAGUCACAUAUGGUACUUGUUCACCACAUGGAAAAUUUAUUUGCCAUGAAAACUAUUAUGGAGAGAACUGCACCCAAUUCUGUCCAAACGUCACCUAUGGUACCUGCUCUGGGAAUGGGACAUUGAAUUGUCAUCCAAAAUACUAUGGCGACAAUUGUACGAUAUUUUGUUCUGAUGUCACAUAUGGUACUUGUUCACCACAUGGAAAACUAAUUUGCCUUGAAAAUUAUUAUGGAGAGAACUGCACCCAAUUCUGUCCAAAUGUCACACAUGGUACUUGUACUCAAGACGGACUACUGUAUUGUCACAAGAAUUACUAUGGUCCCAACUGUACCACAUUUUGUCGAAACACCAAAACUGGCAUUUGUUUAUUAUCUGGUACUCUUCAGUGCUUUGAGAACUACUAUGGUAAGACAUGUGAUGUGUUUUGUAGAAAUUUUACACACGGAUCUUGUUCUCGUGAUGGAACCUUAAUUUGUGAAUCAAAUUAUUAUGGAAUUAACUGUGAUAAGCAUUGUCUUAAAUCAGAGAAAGGGUCUUGUGAUGAAAACGGGAAUCUUUUAUGUAAAAGGAACUAUUUUGGGAGAAAUUGUAAAAAGUUCUGUCAAGAUGUACCUCAUGGGAAAUGUAAUAAUGCCGGAGUGUUGAUCUGUGACAAUCAGUGGUAUGGUAGUAGUUGUUCUAUGAAUUGUGUUGAAUUCAAACAUUCGAGAUGUGAUGAUCAGGGACAGUUGUUUUGUUUCGACCAUUGGUAUGGAGAAAACUGUACCAUUUAUUGCAAGGACGAUGACGUUGAAAAUUGCAAUAUGAAAGGAGCUGGAGCAGUGGCAGUUGAUGGGAAAUUAAAUAGCAACUCUGUGAUACAACUUGAAUUAUCUGUCGAACUCUUUGUAUCAGAAAAUAUUUGUGAGGAGAACAGAAAUAUUCAUGUGGACAUUGAUGUGUUGAAACUGAGAAACAAGUCGAAAACAUCAACUGUUGCGCUGAGCAUCUCCUGUGAUGAAGAAAUAAUAAACAGCGAUACAUUCCUUCAAACUUACUUGGCAAUGGCACCAGAGAAACUCCGAAAGUACAACUUUCCUUUUCGAUUGAUCAAGCCCAUAAAGAAGGACCAUCAUGCGGACUGGCUAUCAUUAAAUUGGCGACUGUUGACAGUUUUGCUCGGGACGACUGGUCUUAUUUUGUUUCUGGUAUUCUUCAUGCAGAAAUGUAGAAGACAACAACGUCGGAGGAUUGAGAGACAUAUAUUCACGUUGGAACUCGAAACAACUGAAAUAUUUGAGUAA